AUGCCCACAAGAUCACUGCAAACGAAAACUGCACGGGCUGAAAUCCAAGGGGUCGGGCAAGUGUGCCCCCAUCGUCUAGUGGUUCAGGACCUCUCUCUUUCAAGGAGGCAGCGGGGAUUUGACUUCUCCUGGGGGUAG